AUGAAGGGCCUUCUCGUCACCUGCCUCUCGCUGGCGUCUCUCUCCCUGGGCGCGCCAAGCUUGAGAAGACAAGAUGGUGUUACUCCCCAGCAGCUUGAGGACUUUAAGCUCUACGCCCAGUGGUCCUCGGCAGCUUCUUGCAACAGUGACAAGGCUCCCAACGAGCCGGUCACUUGCUUCGAGGAUCAGUGCUCCAUCUUCGCGUCCCACAACGCGACAGUUGCCUCCUCGUUUAUCGGGGCUAUAUUAGACACCAGGGGAUUCAUCGGCGUGGACCCUGUCGACAAGCAGAUCGUUGUCUCCUUCAGGGGUUCCACCUCCGUUCGUAAUUGGAUUGCCGACUUCAUCUUCAUCCAAGUCCCCUGCGAUCUUGGCUUCGGCUGCCUCGCCCACACGGGCUUCUACGCCUCAUGGGGUGAGGUGGCCUCGCGGGUGCUGGCCGGCAUCCGCGCCGCCACGGACGCCAACCCGACCUACAAGGUCGUUGUCACGGGCCACUCGCUCGGCGGUGCCGUCGCCACCCUGGCCGCCGCCUACAUCCGCAAGGCCGGCAUCGCGGCCGACUUGUACACGUACGGUUCCCCGCGCGUCGGCAACAGAGCCUUUGUCGAGUACGUCACCGAGCAGGCCGGCGCCGAAUACCGCAUCACGCACGACGACGACCCGGUCCCGCGGCUGCCACCCAUCAUUGCGAACUACCGCCACGUAAGCCCGGAGUACUGGGUCGAUCCCGGGGCUGAUAUGGUUGCGUCGUUGGACGAGGUGGAUUACUGCCCUGGCUACUCGAACACGGAUUGCAACGGUGGCACCAAGGGGCUGAACAUGGCGUCGCACGGGUGGUACUUCCAGGACCUGGAGGGGUGCACGUCUGGCACGCCGUUUAAGAGGGCCCAGAUGACCGACAAGGAGCUCGAGGAGAAGGUGAAUAGCUACGCAAAGUUGGACGUCGAGCUCGCCAAAAACCUGCACGCAGAGGGGCAAUCCUAG